AUGAAAUCCAUGGAAGAGAAACAGAAAGCAACUGGUGAAAAUGAAGACGUGGCAGUGUUUAGGAAUGAGGAAAAUGUUAUCCGGGUCGGCAAUCUCUCAGAGGACACUCAUGAAACUGACUUGCAUGAACUAUUUAGCCGUUUUGGGCCACCAACCCGUGUUUAUGUUGCCAUUGACCACAAGUUUGAUUUGAGCAGAGGCUUUGGGUAUGCUAAUUUUGUCAACAAGGAAGAUGCUGAGAGAGCUAUCGAUAAGCUCAAUGGAUUUGUUUAUGACAUUCUCGUCCUGCAAGUUGGGUGGUCCCCACCAAGAUCAUUAUUUGACUGGGAUCCCAAUGGCAAUCAGGGCCCCAUGGUGCCAUAG